AGCACAAGCUAACAGGCUGUUGAUGGACUCCGCGGUCUGAUGGGGCGACGUUACACGGUCACAUUAUUGACACAACACUUGACACUUGUUCCCACCGCUCUGCUGCUGCUACUUCUGUUGCUGCAUUCCCCCGCCCCGUUCUCUCCUCGGUGUAGCCCUGCUGAGGGGGCUGCUUGUUUCUAGUGGUGGGUGGAGUACCUCUGUCCAGCAGCCAUGUCGGGCUUCAAUCUGCUGCAUCUAAUAACCAAGAGUCAGCCUGUGACUCUGAAGUCCUGCAGUCUUCCCUCAGGAGCAUGUAGGACUAAGAAGACAUGGCCUGUGAGAUUCUCUCAGGAGGAGCUGAGGAAGCGCCUCACGCCCAUGCAGUUCCAUGUUACUCAGGAAAGAGGAACUGAAAGCGCCUUCGCUGGAGAGUUCGCUCUUCAUAAAGACGAUGGCACUUACACAUGUGUCGUCUGCGGGGCCCAGCUGUUCAGCUCAAACACUAAAUUUGACUCUGGUUCAGGUUGGCCGUCCUUCUUUGACCUGAUGAAGGAGGAGUCUGUAAGUGUGUCAGAUGACUUCUCCUACGGCAUGCACAGAGUGGAGAUCACCUGCAGUCAGUGUGGAGCUCAUCUGGGCCACUUGUUCGAUGAUGGACCGAAACCGUCAGGGAAACGCUACUGCAUCAACUCGGCCUCACUGGCUUUCCAGGCCAAAGACACCACCUCCUCCUCCUCCAGCUCUGCGGCUGAAGACGGAGCAGCCGGCAGCUCAGCGAGUGAUGUGAAGACAGAGCUCUGAAUGACACACAACACCCAGAAGUUCCCAUAACACACACACACAUAGACACACAACAGUUAUAGGAGUUCACAAGGUCACGAUAGAAGGAGGUGAUUGUAGCUGCAGGAGAAAUGAAGAGACUCCAGACACAGACCAAAUACACAGGACGUAGUAUAAUCUGUCACAAGGGGGAAAUGCAUGUUUCCCUAAACAGCCUAUUUGUAGUCAAAGCUGCGGGUCAAACUGAUGAAUUGCCUUAAAAUGAACCUUCGGUGUUUGUCAACGUGGGUCAGAUAUUUCUGUCAUGAACAUGUCAUGAAGUUUGAGCUUCAUAUGCUUUUCAGCACAUUUAUCAUGUUCUGGCUGGAAAAUGCUUCCCUCCUCUUGGAGUUUUAUUUAAGGCAGUUGUAUGAGGUAUUGACACAUUAUCAACACCAGCGCUGUUGACUGGUGUCAGCCCUGGACCCAGACACUCUCUAACUCUAACUGAAAACAUGGCUGCCAGCAGGAAUAGAUGGAAAAUGGAAUCUAAUUUUAGCCAGUGAACACACGGCUCACCUUAUGUGUUCUGUAAUUGCAUAAGCCUACAGUAUCUUCAGUUUGAUGCUUUUAUGAUUGGAACUUUGUAAACUGCUCACUCCCCACACCAAAGAUUUUUACAUCAGGGCACUCAGGAGUUGUUGAUCCACUGCUUCAUCAGUAAGUUCAAAUGUGUUAUUCUGUGACUUUUUGUGUUUGAAAUGCUUUUUCUGGUUUACCUACAUGACUCAACUUACCAGACGUGGCAGCAGUAGACCAGCAGCUCUUGUGUCCCUGCGAGCGGAAAUCGCUGAUUUUCUCUAUGAUUAUCUAAUUUGUCUAAUUUGUCUAAUUAUCUAAUUCAAAUGAUCUAAUUUGGUGCAGGAGAGUGAGUGGUUUCAACUUGCUGGCUGAACUCUUAAGAUAUUAUAACAAGCAGGUGUAGAUAUUAUUGACAGUGCGUGUCCGGGUCCAAGUUUGCUUAAUGUGGAAAAUCAGUUUUGCUAAUUUAUCAGUACUUAAUACAACCACACUUAAAAAAACAACAACCCUUAACUGCCCUUUUAAAAUGAAUCAACUUUGGACAAAAAAAACAUCCACAUUGGCAAACACUAAACAUUUCACAUCUGUGGCGGUAUAUGAUCUGCCAGUGUUAACAUGGAUGACGAGUAUAUAUAAUACAUAUAUAUAUAUAUAUAUAUAUAUAUAUAUAUAUAUAUAUAUAUAUAUAUAUAACUCCAUUGAAGUUGUGUUUGAUACUGAGAGCUUUAUUUAUUAUCACCUAUGCAAGUGCUGCUGUCAGCAGUGUCACAGGAAGUAGCAGAAGAUGACUCUUAUUGUGGAAAAGAAUUAGGUCACUUCCUGUAUCUUUUUCCUCCCUUAGUACUUUGCUUUAUGGAAUACUGUAUUUAGUUGUUCACAGCUUGUAUAAAACAGGUGUUGGAUGAAUAAAAUGUUAAGAAACACUCAGA